AUGUCAUUGUUACUGGCCAGACCUGAUUUUACAAUCAGCAUGGUGAUAUGCACGGAGAUCGGGCAAACAGUAGGAUAUGGAGAAGUGAAACCGGCAUCCCAGGCGCUGAAUCACAAGCUGGUCGGAAAAGACUUAGUGCGAUUAGCGCUUUUAGCAAAAAAUGCUAUUGAUACGUAUCGUAGCAAAUUUGUUCUGUCGUUUCUUGUCAUUGGGCAUCAUGCGACGCUCUAUUUGACUGAUGGUACAAGAAAUGGCUUCUAUCCAAUGGUCGAAAUUGCCCAUAUUCAGUUGCCAAUGUCUUUGAAAGAACUUCCACUUUUCAUCGCACAAACCGACCAAUUGACAAUCGUUUCCUCAGCCUUUUGGAGCUUGUGCAUCGACCAGAAAAUGGAUCAACAAUCAUCACUUAUGCCAACCCUUUCCGACAAUGAAAUAGCAACAAUUAUGGAUAUCCGCACCAACCGCAAAAGAAAAGCAAAUACCAGCCGCCACAAUCAUUAA